AUGAGUUCCGCAGCACAAGAAGUCACAGUUACUUACAAGGACCGAGUGGCAAUCAUCACCCUCAACCGGCCCAAGAAGCUUAAUGCUCUGAGUAGUGACCAUUACUGGGAACUGGGACAGAAGAUGCGUGAAGUCGCCCAGCGUGAUGACAUCUUCAUCACCGUUCUGACGGGAACAGGUCGUUUCUUUUCUGCGGGCGCUGAUGUCCAAAAGACCCGUCCUUCCAGUGACGGCGCAGACGCGCGCCGUGACAUCCUGCGCGGCUUCGUGGCCAACAAUCUGGACUUGACAAACACCUUCGCUAAGCAUCCCAAAAUCCUUGUCGUCGCACUCAACGGUCCUGCAGUUGGGCUUUCUGCCGCUCUCACCGCUUUCGGGGACUUCAUCUACGCCACUCCGCACACCUUCCUCCUAACACCUUUCACAUCGCUCGGCCUCGUGGCGGAGGGUGGCGCCAGCAUCGCCUUUGUGGAACGCCUGGGAAUCUCCAAGGCCAACGAAGCGCUGAUCAUGAGCAAGCGUAUACCAAUUGAGGAUCUGGUUUCGACUGGGUACGUGAACAAGGUAUUCACUGCUCCCAGCGGGAAGGAGGAUGCGUCUGGGUUUUUGAAAUUGGUAUUGGAGGAGGUUGAGGAGAGGCUGGGAACCCAUAUCAACCAAGACAGCAUGCUUAAGAUUAAGGACCUGAUUAGACGACCUGGGAGGGAAGUGUUGGAUCGCCAGAAUGUCCUGGAGGUGUUUAUGGGGAUGGAAAGGUUUAUAGCUGGCAUCCCACAGCAAGAGUUUAUGAAAAUUGCGACUGGGCAGAAGAAGCAUAAAUUGUGA